CGAAUCUAAUUCUAAGCCUAAUUUCUCACUUUCCUCUCACUACAAACAUGCAAAGACAAUCCUUAGGCUCUCCUACAUCCAAGCUCUACAUCCAUGGAGGAGAAGAGAUUACCGGUGCUGAUGAUCACAAACGCCGAAUAAUCAUCGACGGCGAGGAUCGCAAAGACAGUAAACCUCGCCGAUUGUCGUUUUCGCAAUCUUCGCCGUCGUUGCCGUCGCCUCCUAAGUCUGAGAAGCUCAUUCAUCUCAUUCCUGUUCUCACUCUCCUUUGCAUCCUCAUUCUUUACCUUAAUUCUCACAGUCCUUCUCAAUCUGAUUUGGAAGCUUUUAACGGAUUCAAGCAUUCCCCAAAGCAUUUAGAUUCACGCGAAAUCGGCUCUUUAGGCCGAUUUAUGGAGAUUCAGAAAGGCGAUGUUUUGGCUAUUCGAAGCCAAAGGAAUUUGCAAGAACUUGAUAAGUACGUUUGGAAGCAUCGUCCUCACCGGAAAAUCGCCGAUUUCUAGGCGGCGGCCUCGAGUUUUUCAUCGAUCGGUUUCUCUCUCGCUCGCUCUCUCUAUCUAACGAUUCUUGUGUUCGUUCAUGCUCUAGCUGACUUUAAGCCAGCACGUGCAGGUCAUACUUGCACGUGAGAGGCAUUUUUUAGUUGAACGUGUAAAUUGAAAAUUUGUUGGCUAGUGAAGCAAAUAUCUUAGCUGCC